CCCGCCAAAGAUCGCCAUUACAAAACGCGUCCGGGCGUUGCGUGUGCGGCCGCGGAGUGCUCGCUCCCGUGCUCUCUCUCUCUUUCUCUCUCUCCCUCUCUCUCUCUCGAGUCCUCCGUGCCGAUUUGCGCGCCGCUAAGGGAGAGAGACCGUGCCGUGCCCCGUGGGCUCGGGAGCGCGAGCCGGAGCGAACGAGACGGCGGCGCGGCGUCGGGCGAAAGCGUCGGCCAGCGCCGAGGUGCACGCCUCACGGGCGGCGUUCCGACCGCGGCGACGCGACCCUACCGGCGAGGAAUCCUCCGAGUCCUCCGAGCCGGCCGACGAGGACUCCUGCUACGACCCGUCGAACCGGUGCGCCCAGAGAUUCCGAGAGAUUAUGUCAGUGUUCGCUCCCACGGACGAGCGGAUUCUCCUUGAGGAAAUCGUCGAAGCCACCGAGGACCAGGAGGCUGACUUCUGCGGCGCCAGCGAGAUCGCGGAGGAGAGCCCUGCGGCCACGAGCGCGGUCGAAGUCGCGGAGGCCGUCGAGCACCAGCAGCCGCAUCACGAGGACCCGCAGCAGCAGCAGCGCGCGGAGCCGCAGCCGCAGCUGGCGCAGCAGACGACGAAGCAGAGCCACGUGGUCGGCGGCAGCGGCGGCGGCGCGGCGGCCUGCCGCGCGGCCAAUCAGGGCCUCGCUCUAGUCGGCGUAGCGCUCGCCGGCAACGCCGGCCCCGUCAAUCACGGCAACGCCGCACCGAGCGUCGGCCGAGUCACGCCGCGCAGCCACAUGGAGCAGGAGAAGCGGAUACGGCGAGAGAUCGCCAAUAGCAACGAGCGCCGCCGCAUGCAGAGCAUCAAUGCGGGCUUCCAGUCGCUGCGCACGCUCUUGCCGCACCACGAGGGCGAGAAACUCUCCAAGGCUGCCAUUCUCCAGCAAACGGCGGAAUACAUCUACCAGUUGGAGCAGGAGAAGACCCAGCUGCUCUCGCAGAACUGCCAGCUGAAGAGAUUGGUGAACCAGCACGAGGGCGGCGAUGCACCCAUCAAAAAGCGCAAGGCGGAGAGCCAAGGGGUGGUGGUCAGCUUGCCGAUGCACGUGAACGAGAGCGGCGACGAGGGCCUGGGUAGCAUGUCCCCGGAGCCGCUGUCCGUGAUAACGGUGUCAACCGAGGGUCACUCCGUCGUGAACAGCGAGGUGGUGGAGCUGAGGCGACAGCUGGAAAGGGAACGUCACGCGAGGAUGCACCUGGAGAAGCAGAUGAGAGCGAUCCAGACCCAGCUCUAUCCCGAGCGGUUCCGAGACAAUCAGCUGAUAGCGUACCAGCCGCACGAGGUGAUCGAGCAUACGGACAACGUGAUGGCGCAGGAGACAGAGGAGGCAGUGGCGGCGCUGCAGGUCGUCUCCGUGGUGUCCCUACCUCCGGUGGGGUCGACCCAGACGGUGGAGACGUCGAGUCCGGACCCCAGUCCACCGAUGUCUCCGCAGCCGGCAGAUAUGGUGCCGGAGGAAGUGAAGGACGAGCGAUCGCGUCCAGCGAGUCCGAAGAUCGUCGGGUUCGCCCAGAGCAGUCAGGUGUUCCCAGCGAUCGACGACCAGGCGACCUCGGACUCGUUCUCGCCGACCUCCAGGGUGGCCUACGCGAGCUCGGCGGCUGACUUCAAGACGACCCAGUUCAUAACGGCCAGCCCGAGCAGGCCAUUUUCGCCGGACGUGGAGCCUCAGCGACUGCCGAGUGUCCUGGAGGCGGCGAUGAAGGCGGAGCCGAAGGUGGAGGUCGAGAGGUUGCCCUCGCCAGUGACCUCCUUGGACGACGGGACGCCCCAGGCGCGGCUCUACCUGGCGAACACGUCGCGGCAGAACCUGGAGACCAUCGUUGAGGCGAUACGCCACCUGGAGGGCGACCACCUCUUCAGCGACGAGCCCGCCCAGGACGUGCCCCUAGCGCUGACGAACAAACCCACCGCGGCGCCGGCCUCCUCGACGAAGCAGCGACUCCUGCACGCCGAGGUGAACAACUUCCUCCAGUUCCACUCGCAGCAGCAGACCCAGCAGCGACCCGGAGUCAUCGUGGUCAAGCACUCGUGAUCCACCGGGUCGCCCUCGAGGAAGCACUGAAGACUCGCGCCGCGACGUCCCGCCCGGAGUCCUUGAUCCCGAAGAGCCGAAUCUCGGCCUUGACCCAGGUCGAGGGCUGCACCUUGCCGUCGACUUUUACCCAGGUUGGGGCUCGACCUCGAGGGGUCGGCCCCGGGGUGUAGGGCGCCUUCGUCGAGGGACUCUCCUGGAUUUAGCGUCGCAUCGGUCCCCUCACACCCCCGUGUCGCGUCAAGCUCACCCCGUCCUCCCCGAGGAGUCCUACCCCAACCUCCCCGUCCUGGUCCCCUUGUAAAUAUUUCCUGGUCCCUCUCUCCGAGGCGAGCACCUUGCUCCAGGUCGAGGCGUUCCGAAUCUCGCUCCUCGCCUAUGGAGAGGUCCUUAUACGAUUUUCGUUUUCUCCCUUGUUUUGGGUCUCUCCUUGUCGAGAGUCGAGAGCCGCGGGAGAGAGAGAGAGGGUUAGGCGAUAGCGUUAAAGAGCGAGGAGGAUAGCGUCUUUUCCACUGUAAGACUUAGGCUUAGGCUUCGAGCGAUUACUACCACAAUAAUAUUCCUAGCUAUGUAAGGCGUACGCUGUGCAUUGUAAUAUACAUAUAUAUAUAUAUACACAUUAUAUAUAUAUAUAUUUACGUUUCUUUUUUAUAUUGUUACGGGGAAGUCGACAAAUGUAGGCGAACUUGGGGCGAGCCGCGGGGGGAACGGGGUAGGAGCGAGAGAACCGAGACUCCUAUAUCGCUUGUUGCCCAAUGCGUUUAUUUUCCGUCUUUGGUCAGACGUCUUUUGCAGGGUUGCUUACGAAAAUCGCUUAGUUCUGGACGCGGUGGAAUUUCGCACCCUCGCUAUCCGAAAUCAUCCCGAAUCUGUGCCAAACGAGGUUUACCAUGGACCUCCUCGAGGACCUCGGAGGACGUCGUCGUGGCAGACGCGCCUCCUGGUUUCCGGCGACCAAAGCCCCCCUCUAGUGAUUUCGAUUAGUUAGACUCGUUAGGAAGAAAUUCAUACUUUCAAUCCCUCAUUUAGCGAUACCAAAUUGUGUUAUCUUAAUCGAUAAGUAGCGAAUGGUCCUCGACGAGGAUGUCCGGUUCUCUCGCGCGGCCAUUUUGCUUUUCCCCUCCCGGCGAGCGACCUUGAAGAUUCCUCUCGCGGGGUCACCUCGCGAGGUAGGCUUCAGAAUUCGGUUUUCGAAUUUUUCUACCGACUGUCCGAGAUGUAAAUGAGCAUUAUCGAAGAAAAGGAGGGACAGGCGAGCGGUGAAUAAUGGUCUUUUUUUUUUUUAUACGUUCGUGUUUUCCCCCAAGAAGACACCGCCCUGAUUAAGGGCGGCGCGAACCGAGUGUGCUAGUUGUUUCGGAGUAUUUCUUAACGACGUCCUGGACGCCCUGGUCCGAUAAUCGUUGCUCGCGUCCGAGACUACGGUACAAUGAGAUUUCCUUGUCAGAAGUGCGUUACCGUUGUCGCGUGUGAUUUUAUAACCGAUUUAUGCGUCGAGGAGGCGCCGAUUUCGCGUGGCGCGAAUAAUCAGAACGAUAUUUUGUCAAUUUACGAGAUUUCUUCUAUGGCGUUGGGUAUCGGGAGUCGCGGGAUUCCUUCUAUUCGUAACAAAAGUGAUACUAGGGAUAAAGAUAUAAAAAGGAGAAAAUUGAAAAAAAAAAGGAUAUAAGAAAUGAAAAUGUACGUGAAAGAAGGAAGGAGAAGAGAGAUACCAAAGCGGCGCUUAGAAAUCCGCGCCUCUCGACCUGUUGCCCCGCGCGUGACAACAUGUUCGAUCGAUCGGAGAUCGAUGACUAUUUUUUUUUCCCCUUCAUCGUUAACUCCACAUUCAUUAUCUUCAUGUCACCGGCUCAUCGAAUGGUUCUUUUUUUUUUCCCCCCUAAGAGAAAGGAAUGGCGAUCGCAUCCGUGUAGAGAAAAAGAGGUCGCGGAGCAGGAUGAUUAUAGGUAGACUUAACAAAUUGCUGAUAAGGCGUGUCGAGGGCAAAUCCUUAUUGAGAUUUAGACGAGAGUGGCUGUGCGGUAAUAUAACUGGCGAACGGCGACUACGAAAUUAAGGAUAAGCGUAAUUAAGAAAUUAAGGUAACACUUCGACUUACGAGGGGCGAGUUGGCCUGGGUCGUUCGUAAGAGUAUAUCCUAAAUCCGAAUAUCCGCGAAGGCGUCGAAAGCUAACAUUUUGUCUGGUCUAUGAAUUAUUUUUCUUAUCGAUUAUACAUACAUACAUAUAUAUAUUACUCCCGAGGGAAGAAUGAUUUUUGAAAGGAGAUUUUUUCCCACGUCUCAAUCUGCCUUCUGCACGAAGGGGUAGCUUCUUUCGUCUGCUUUGAGGGAAUUGACUCGAUGAUUUCGUAUAGAGGACGGGAGAGUGAUCUUCGACAGCUGUCAUUAGGUGGCGACUUAAAAAUCUGUCUAGAGUAGGUACUGGAGAUGGUUAACGGAGAGUAUGCCAGAGAGCGUGAGUAAAGUGUGGAGAAAAAGGAAUCUAUAUAGAUAUAUGAAUAUAGAUAUACAAAUUAUAUAUAAAUAUAUGUAUAUGUACACAUUUGAAACAUUAUGUAGCGCAGCGGGGAGAUGUUUGAACUUCUUGAAAUACAUUUCUUUUUCUCUGCUUACGUUACCGUUGCGAUCACUCCGGAUAGUUUCCGUACAGCUAAUCAACUAUAAUCGGUGACGAGGGAAACAAGGGGUAGAAUAGGAGAAUCGAGAGGUAAAUGAGAAAAAUACUGCAAAUGCAUACCAACGAUGCCACGGUAGAUUCGCGAAUUUGGACGCCUCGCCGAGAUCGGUAUCGGACGCGAUGACAGCUUCGCUCUGUCCAUGAAAUUCUGAUUUGUAUUAAUUAUUAAGAUAAUUAACAUUCAUCUUAAUCCACUGGCAUCGACUGGAUGGCACUAGCCAUGCACAGGGACGCAACAAAAUUUAGAUGUUCAUUGGAAUGACGCUGGAGAUAUCCAAAAAUGUCCAAGAUGCAGAAGAAGCAGUCGUGCAUCUUGAAUGUCCGAUGAACAUCCAAAUGGAUUCCCGUGCUUGGCUCGUGUAUCAGACAUUUGUCAAUGAUAAUCCGACAGCUUAGCGAUGUCAACCUCGAUCCCAUCUCGGCGUGUCCAAAUUGUCAGGAUUCGGAGGAGGUUUAAAGGAAGCGGUUUAAGGCAUUUCGCACGUUACAUCGUCAAGACUUCUCACCUAAUUCCCAACUUUUUUACCCAUUCAUGGCCAUGUCAUUCUCGAUAAUAACACAUACAGGGCGGACCAAUUUUGUUACGCACCCCAUGUGUUCCCAGUAUAUCCCCAUAGUGAAUAACAAAGAGUAAAGACCAGCUUUUGAUACAUAAUUUUCACGACGACAUCCGACAUCGCUCCAUGACUGCGAGUGAAAAAUCACGCCAGUACUUUGGCACUGUCUCCUUAAACAAUGUGAUCUCAAGCUUCUUCUCGGCCGUGUAACUCGCGAAGCGCUUUUCUCCGAGCUUUGAAAUGUAAAGAUCCUAAUUGAUAACAAUUUUUUUUAUUAAAUCGGUGUCAAGUUAAACGCUCUCAGCUAGUUCCUAGGUCUCGGCUCUAACAGCGUGCGAAGCAGACACGAGUCUAAACUGUACCGUUGUCACUGAUUUGUCGUUUUAAAGAUUCAACUCGAAUGCCCUCGGUGCUCUAAGAGGGAACGACUUUGCAUUUUCCGUACUCUGCGUCUGCAUUUUGAUACUUGUUAAAGGAAGAUACGCGUACCGAGGGUCUCGUAGGUAGGGGGAAAAAAACACUCUCUUCCGAAUCCACGUAAAUGAAGAAAACGCAGAAAAAAGGCAAAAAAAAAAAAAACAAAUAAGAGAGAGAUAAACGAUCGCGAGGCGGAGGAACGCGGAAACUGAAAUGUAGAGCGGAAGUGUGUGUACGGACCGGCGUUAUGAUAUAUGCGGAGCGCAUAAUUGUAAUAAUAAAGAAAGAUAAAAAAGUUCCUCAUUCAAGCUGCGUUUGCCGCGUGCGCCGAGAAUCGCGAGGCGCAGGUCGCAAAGUGCUGCCACCACAUGAACAGACUGCCGUUGACUUGAAACGUACACGUUUGUAAUAAGAAAACUACACUAAUAUACGAAGAGAGUGAGAGAGAGCGAGUGGGGACCGCGUGAGAGCGAGCGAGAGGGCGGAGAACGGUGCAAGCGGGGGAGCGCGAAAACCUCUUCUCGCCUUGCGCUUAAAAAAGCGGAAAGAGUCGAGAACGAGGGAAGAAGUUCGCACUUCUUCGCCGUGAAUGGGGCAAGAGCGAAUGUAUGCGUGUAAAUUGAGAAAGAGAGAGAGAGAAAGCGAGAACGAGCCGUGGAACAAGAGACCGACCGGGCCCCGCACUUUCCGGCGUAUCUUGCUAAAGGAGCACCGAAAUGCAUUUCUUUUCCUUUAUGUUUUUCUUCUUAGUUUCUUUCCCGAGUCCCGCCACUCGACUUCGCAGGUGUGUUCGAGAUGUGUCCCACCUCUCCGGUAGAAAGAAAGAUACGUCGGAAGGUUCAUAGGGGGAGGGAAAAAAUCGGUGCAAAAAUCGAGUCCAUUCCUAACGGGGAGCCUGUGUGGAGAACUCUCUUCCGGAGGAGACUCCGUUCUCCUGUAUUUUUCUUGGCAUUUUCCUUUUCACGGUUCCUUUCUUCCUUUUUCUUUUCUCGUUUCCACUCUGUUCCCGUUGGAUACAGAUUUUUGCCCCGACGAAAAGCCCCGGUCGCAGCUCGUUUCUUCGCGUCGCUCGUGGCGUAGCACCGGGGUAAAAAGAGACCACCUCGCCCGGGUCCGGCAUUUUCGAAAACGCGUCAGCGGGGGUGCUUUUUACCCCGUUCUAUACGGCUCGACCGACCCGAACGAGCCCUGACAUCUUUUCUUUUUUCUUUUUGAUAUGUCUUCUUUGUCUAAGAGGGGGCAUCCGCAUCAUUUUUCAAGCCGAGCUAAAGGAAAGGGGGAAAAAGAGUCCCGCGAUGCGAGGCUCGUGGGGGGAAAAGGAAGGCGACUAAAUUCCUUCCUUUUCUCCCCCACUCGUUGUUUUCACAUUUCCGUUGAUUUUCCUGUCCAUCCUCUCGGAGUGUGUUAAAAAAAAAAAAAGAAGAAAAGCGAGCGAGCGAGUGUCCGAGAUCUUCUUUCGAGGUCGUGGUAUAUAGGAAUACGUAGGAAGGGAAAGGAAGAAAAGGAAAAACAUAAUUCUCUGUGAUGUAUUUAUAUAACUUCAUUGUACGGAUUUAAAAGAACUAUCGCUACGAUUAUUAUAUUACCACAUUAUUAAUUCACCGACAGACCCAUAUAUAUUAUAUGUAUUAUUAUUACCGAUUAUCAUUACAUUACUAUUAUCAUUACGAUGAUUAUUGAUUAUCUUGCGAUUAUUAUCAUUAUUCAUUAUUACCGCCGCCCCUCACCAGAUACCAUUUAAACGUGCGGCGAAUCGAGUAAUAUAGCUGUCAUUAUUAUAUAUUACUAAAAGAAGGAAUAUUGCAUACUUACGUAUU